AUGGCGACUCCCCUUGCUGCACCAUCCGACGUCAUCAGUACAACUGCCCUUUUCUUCACAGGCGCUCUUGUUAUGAGAGGUGCCGGCUGUACUAUCAAUGACCUUUGGGACCGAAACCUUGAUCCACAUGUCGAACGAACGCGGUUACGUCCACUUGCUAGACGAGCAAUUACACCUCAGCAGGCUAUUGUCUUCCUGGGGGGACAGCUUACGACGGGUCUAGCUGUCCUCCUGUCGCUACCCUUCGAGUGCUUCUGGUACGCGACACCGUCCCUAGUAUUGGUCACUCUUUAUCCUCUAGCGAAAAGAGUAACCUACUAUCCUCAAUUCGUUCUCGGACUCACCUUCUCCUGGGGUGCGAUGAUGGGUUUCCCAGCUCUUGGAGUCGACCUACUGGCGAACCAAGCAGCACUUACAGCGGCGGCUUGCCUCUACGCUAGUAACGUCGCAUGGACCGUUCUGUACGAUAUGAUUUACGCACACAUGGACAUAAAGGAUGAUGCAAAAGCUGGCAUCAAGAGCAUCGCGCUCAAGCACGAAAAGGAAACAAAAGUGGUCUUGUCGGGUCUCGCUGUUGUCCAGCUCGGCUUACUAUCCGCUACAGGAGUCGCGGCAGGGUUAGGGCCUGUCUUCUUUGUCGGAACUGUUGGGGGAGCCGCAGUCACAUUGGGCACCAUGAUUCGACGAGUGAAGCUGAAGGAGGUCAAGAACUGUUGGUGGUGGUUCGUGAAUGGUGCAUGGUUCACUGGCGGUGCCAUCAGCCUGGGCCUGGCUGGAGAGUAUGCCGCGCAUCUUUUCGGCUGGUACGGCGAUGUGGGAGAGGGUGAAGACGAUUGGAAGUCUCACGUGUUGCACGCACAAAGAUACAACUGCGCCGCUGCAAUGGCUUCGCGACUGGUGCUGGUCCUGGGCGACCUCUUCAUACCAGACCGAGCUUCAUUCAAGAAACUGCUCGCGCCUGGAAAGAUCGGCCAAAUCCUUUGUCUGGGCAACAUUACCGACCGCGAAACCUACGAAUUCCUGCGCGCCAUCGCGCCCGACCUACAAAUCGUGAAGGGUGACUUCGACGUCGAAGCACCUAAUCUCGCCUUGUCAAAAGUAGUCACGCACGGCAGUCUACGCAUAGGCUUCACACAUGGCCACACCAUCAUACCACCCGGCGACGGCGACAGUCUGCUGAUAGCGGCGCGGCAGAUGGAUGUCGAUGUCUUGCUAUGGGGCGGCACCCACAAGUUCGAGGCGUAUGAAAUGGAGGGCAAGUUCUUCGUCAAUCCAGGAAGUGCGACAGGGGCCAUGUGUACGGGAUGGUGGACUGAGGAUGAGGAACCUACACCGAGUUUUGUAUUGAUGGAUGUCCAGGGCGAUGUUCUCGUACUGUACGUGUACCAACUACGCAAGGAUGCCGAAGGCAACGAAAAUGUUGCAGUGGAGAAAGUGUCGUUCCGGAAGAACGGCGGCGGCGCAUCAUAG